CGCGACAAGACAAAGGACAACGGCAGCAACAGACAUCGAGAGGGUACAGCCCAUGUCUCCAGGUCCAUGGAUGCGUUUGAUGAUGGAGGAUCAGGCGAUGAGUUUGAAGACCUCGAGCUGCUCGAACAAAUCGAAGCGGAGGCCCUGAAGCAGCAUGCAGCAGCGAAACAGGCGCGUGCACAGAAACAGCACGAGCUCACUCAGCAACCUGCGCUGCCUACUGCAGUGUACACACAACUACAGAAUGAGCUGGAGAGUUUGAGAAAGCUGCAAAGGGACCAACAAGGGGAAUUGCGUGUAUUGAAGGACAACCAUGCUCGGAGCAAAGUGGAGCAAGAAGAGCAGAUGGCGAAAGCCGCUGCAGCUCAGAAAGCUGCAGAGGAAGCGGCUAAUCGGCAAGUUAUUCUUCUGCAAGAGGAGAAUCAGCGCUUGAGUAACGCCAUGACCUUCCAACGACAAGAACUGCGUGACGCUCGCGUUCGGCAAGCGCAACAGUCGCCGAGCAAAGGUUCACCCCUUGCUCGCAGGAAAGCCGAUGCAGCUGCCUUUCCGCCGCUGGCUGAUCUUGGUACGCGUCAAUCACCGACCCGGAAGCGCAAACGAGCGCGCAAGGGCGCGAACGACGAUGAAGAGAUGGAUUUCGAUCAGGUGCAGGUUGCACCAGUAGUGCGAUCACCGCAAAAGGCUGCUCCUCGCUCCCCUAUACCCAUGCCAUCACCAGUUCGUGACAUGACGCCGAUGAUGGUGGAUGUGCCUGAUGUCGUUCAUGUGCAACAAACCGGCAACACUGGAAAUGUAAUUCUUACUCACAAACUACAGCUCUGCGCGAUGCUAUGCGCGCUGCAAGAUGAAUCAGGCAUGUCUCUGAUCCACAAGCUGGAUCAGGCGAGGGAGUCAGCGCACCCCUCAACACCCCUCAUUACGAUCAUCAACAGUCAUGCUUUAUUCGCAGACGCGUCGGACAUGGCGAUAGCGCUCAUGCUUAGUCUCGGCCAGUGCCAAAGUCAUCCUAAAGCGUUAAGAUUCGAGGCAAUCAGACUCAUGCUUCUUUUGCUGAGAAGUUUCCCGCAUCGUCUUGCAAUCGCAUUCUGCCAAGAAGUUCAGGAGCCUGGUGUUCUGCAGCUCAUGGCAAGCCCCGUUUGGGUAGAUGUGAAGGAAGAUAAGCAAGUCAAGCACCUUCAUCGAUUACGUUUGAGAUUCUUUUGCCAGAUUGCUCAGGCGCUUUCUCACGAACCAACAAUUUGCGAACAGAUGUAUUUGCUGCUUGGUCCGGCUUUCCUCACAUUUGCUCUUGCACAAGAGCGCGACACAGAAGACUUCGUUCUCGCUGUGCGGCUUCUUGCAGCGUUGGCGCAUGCGAAUGCCAAGAUUGCAGAAGAUGAAGGCUUGCUCAAUUUGCUCACAGCACCGCUCGAACCACAAUCAGGCCGUACAUCAAUUGAGCUGUUGCAGCGACAGACUCUCGCAUUGCAAUGCCUUUAUGCCCUGUCAAUCUAUCAAGACUCAGCACUUGAAGUAUUCCGAUCGAGUCGACUCUUGGUCCCUCGCCUUGCGGCGUGCAUCUAUGGACAGCUCGAACUGUUUUAUGUUGAAUCCAGCAGACGCGAGGAGCUGAAUCGGUUCUUGGAAAGUUGUCUACGGUUCUAUCACUUGCUCUUGAAUGAUAUGGAAGCUGGCCAAGCAGAGCGGCAUUGGCUAGUCCCUCAAGCGCGAGCCACCCACAUCGUCGCAAUGACGCGCAUCUCAUUUGCAGAGGACGAGGAUGCGUACAGUCUGGAUAUGAUUGACAUGGCGAGAGACUUGCUGGAGCUGUGCAUCAGUCCUGAAGAAGGCGAGGAGAUUCAUGCCAUACUGAGCUAGUCGACGCCGUAUACUCGAUGGUCUACGUACUUUCCCGAGACUGUU